AAUUUGAAUACUAGUAAAGACUCCAAAGCAAUUCCAACAAUGGCAAGUGUUACAGAUCCCAAAAUAGUAAAACCUCAACACAGUGAAUCUGUAUUAGCCAAAGACCAUGCAAGACCUACUAACCAAAAAAAAGGAAAAGAAAGAGAAGAAUCUGUAGAGUCUAACAUUACGGAAGCCAAGAGAAAAAGAGAAGAUUUAAGCUUACUAGGUGACAAAGAAGGAAAGCCCAAAGUUAAUAGAUCUUUCGGACAAAGAAUUAUUAAAAAUACAGUAAAAUUGGCAGAGCACAAUAGCCAAUUAGUAAAGAAAGAUUAUGAAAAAGAGAACCAGCCACCCAAAACCCAAAGGAAAACAAAACCUAUUGACAAUUCAGACCCCAAUAGCAACAACUCAAUUCACAACAUGCU